AAAAGACGGAGAGAGGAUUGGACAAGCAGAUUGGACGCAGCUUUGAUAAGCUGAUUGAGCUUGAGACGGGCGCCUGCCAAUGCCAAUGGUGGAGGCCGCGUCCUCUUGACCACUCGUCGCUUGUUGCAUUCAGGGUGGAGGAUCUGGAGAAGAGCCGGCUACGUAGACCAGCUUUGAUUGGAGCUCCUCUCAAGCACGCGAUCAAACCCCUAAUGAGCCAUGUUCCUAAUUCUGUAAGCCUGUCCCUGAAAGGAGAUUCGUGAGGCUCCUUGCUUGCAAGACAUCGCUGCUACAUCAGCCAUGGGACACCUCUCUUCGAUCUGUUGGAUCUUGGUCCUUAUUCUGAUCCCUGCUGGGUCACAAGCUGCUGUGCAUCAGUACACGGGGGACCUCUUCAGAGCAAGCGGCGACGCGUACUUGUACCAGGGAGGGCGGGAGGGCCUGUUCCACUCCUCAUAUAAUGCGCUCUUGAAAUGGAAUUCCCUUGGGAAGGGUCUGAACAAUGGAAAGGCAUACAUCAAGUUCCAGCACUUGGUCUUUACCCGGCCUGACUACCUGGCCGCAGAGCACUCCCCCCAGGACUCUGACACCGGCCUGGUGGAGGCCCUCAUCUUUGAGCUUGGCGACCGGGACCGUGUUGGUUACGAGACCCCCCAGGGCCGUGCAUUGUGCUGCUCGGAGGACCUCGUCCAAGCGACAGGAUGCGAGCCCGGCCAUGUGAUAGUGAAGCCGCACGUGGAGAGCGAGGGUUACGUCGAUGUUGGCUGGCCUCAGGUUAUCGACUUCCGCUUCCAGGGCAAUGACACCACACUCAUAGCUAACCCCGCUAUCGACGUUCCCAUCACCAAAACCGGGAUGUACUACCUGUGGUACGUGAUCUGCGACCGCAGCCUCGUGGGGGUGAAUGUCACGGGCAUGACGGUGUGGAAGAACCCGUUUGGCUACCUCCCAGGGAUGAUGGCACCGUUUGAGACGUUCUAUGGGUUCAUGGCGCUGGGCUACCUGGCCCUUGGGGCGGUCUGGUUCAUGCAGUAUCUGCGCUUCUGGAAGGACAUUCUUGCGCUGCAGAACUGCAUCACGGCUGUCAUUGCGCUGUGCAUGCUCGAGAUGGCCACGUGGUACUUCGACUUCGUCAACUUCAACACGUACGGGGUCCGCCCGUACGCCACCACCGUCUGGGCCGUGACACUGGGCUCCGUGCGCAAGACCAUUUCUCGGAUGCUCAUCCUCGUGGUGUCAAUGGGGUACGGCGUGGUGCGGCCCACGCUGGGGGGGAUCACCUCGAAGGUGCUCAUGCUGGGGGCGGCGUAUUUCGUCGCGACGUGCAGCCUGGACGUGAUGCAAAACGUGGGGACGAUCGAUGACCUCACGAGCAGCGCGCGCAUCUUCCUGGUGCUCCCGGUGGCGGUGCUCGACGCGAUCUUCAUCCUGUGGAUCUUCACCUCGCUCUCCAAGACGCUGGCGCAGCUGCAGAACCGGAGACAAGGAGCCAAGUUGGACCUUUACAGAAAAUUCACCAACGCUCUGGCCGUCUCUGUACUCAUCUCCAUCGCCUGGAUUGCCUACGAGAUGUGGUUCAAGGUGACGGACCAACUGAACGAGCGCUGGCAGAGCGAUUGGAUCCUCCAGGCGUUCUGGCAGGUGUUGAAUGGCGGGAUCCUGGCAGUCAUCUGCUAUCUGUGGGCGCCCACCCACAAUGCAACCAGGUUCGCAUACGGCGAUGACAGCGUGGACGAUAUGGACGAGGAAGAGGUUGCGUUGACGAAAGUGACGCAGGCUCAAUCCAAGGACAAGGAAGCAGCAACGGAUUCAAAGGCAGCAGCCGGAAAGCCGUCCAAGUCAGCUGUCAAGACUGACGUGUUCAGCCUUGAAGACGAUGACGUAGAGGAGGGGAAGACCGAGUAGCCCAAGGGUCUACUAAACUGCAGACUGCUAUCUUUGAAGUUAGAAUCCUGGAUUCAUGGACAUUUAUACCAGCGUGUUGGCUACUUAUUCGCUUGUUGUUCUCCACCAGGUGUAGUUCACUGCCUAGCUAGACGUGGGCGAGCCUUGCAAAGUUCCUAUCAAUACUGCACGAUUGCAAAAGUUACGGAUCAAUCAAUCUGCACCAUCUGCAGUGUAUAUGUUUCAUCCAUUGCCAGAGUAGCGCUCGGCAUGUGC